AGCUUACAGGUUUAUUUAAUAGAAUUAUGGAAUUUGAACAAGUAUUUGAUAAUCAGUUUGACUUUAAAAUUAAGAUGUCUAGGAUGAUUAAGAUAAGUAAGCCAGUGAGACGAUAGGGAGAGGAUCAGUGAUGCAAGAUUUUUUAUUCAAGUGGUCCUAUUUGCAAGUGCUCCAAGAUUUUUAUUAUAUAAAGCUGAACCACCGAUACAUAUUAUUCUACAACAAAAUUCUCAAAAAUGAACACUAUCUUAGUUUUGGCUCUUUUGGUUUGCGUUGGGUUAACCGUAAGCGCCCCUCAAAACAAUGACUUCUUAUGUGAUGGCUGCGUAUCAUUGUCAACCGUGCUCAAGAAAUAUGUACAAGAAGAACUUCCAUUGAAGGAUCUUGAAGAAGAACUUACAGCUUUUUGCCAAGCUUUAUCAGGACAAUUGAGAGAUUUUUGCGAAAAAGAAUUGAUUCCACUAGUCGAUCAAAUCUACGACGAGCUUAGCGACACAACGCCUCGAGAAGAUUGCGAAUUUUUGGGGUUCUGUGAGAAAAAAUAAUAUAAAAAUUGUAGCACUAAUUUGUAACAAAAAUUGUUUUGUCUAUUGUUAAAAAACAUUUAUUAUUUUCCUCUUCUGCCAUUU